UUGGGGCCGUGGGUGUGUGGGUUUCGUCGCUGUGGGGCGACGUUUUAAAACGCACCGGCCCGAGCGCCUCCGCCAGGCCAACACCUGUCCUCCCCCGCUACCCCUCUCGCCGUCGCGGUCGCGCCCGCGGCCAACGACCUUCUUCCACCUCGCACCCACCCGAUCUCUCUCUCUCUCUCUCUCUCUACGUGCGCGCGCGCACCAAUCGCUCCUGGCAGCAGUAGUAGUAACUGCUCGGAUUUGCUCUUGCUAAAUUCGGCACUGCCGCCCAUACUUAAUCGAGCCCGGCCGCCUCCUGUCCUCCUGCUUAAAGCAGCUCGAGCUCGCUCGCUCGCCCGCUGCUCCCCAUCACGACUACCACGGCCGCUGUGUCUGUCAGGCUGGAGCUCGAACACCUGUAACGCCCUGACUUGUGCCUGCCUGUGUGCUUUUUGAUUCGGUUGGAUUAAUUGGCGGGAGUGAGUGAGGGGAUCGGAUCCGAUGGACUUUCCGGGAGGGAGCGGGAGGCCGCCGCCGCCGCAGCACCAGCACCAGCACCAGCUGCUGCCGCCGAUGACGCCGCUGCCGCUCACGCGCCAGGGCUCCUCGGUCUACUCGCUCACGUUCGACGAGUUCCAGAGCGCGAUCGGCGGGCCGGGCAAGGACUUCGGAUCCAUGAACAUGGACGAGCUCCUCCGCAACAUCUGGACGGCCGAGGAGUCGCAGGCCAUCGGCGCCGGCCCCAACGCCGCCGCCUCGUCCUCCGCCGCGGCGGGGCCGGACCACGGCGGCAUCCAGCGCCAGGGCUCCCUCACGCUCCCCCGGACGCUCAGCCAGAAGACCGUCGACGAGGUCUGGCGCGACAUGAUGUUCUUCGGAGGGCCCUCCGCCUCCGCCUCCGCGGCCGCCGAGGCUCCCCCGCCGGCCCAGAGGCAGCAGACGCUCGGGGAGGUCACGCUCGAGGAGUUCCUCGUGCGCGCCGGCGUCGUGCGCGAGGACAUGCCGGGCCCGCCGCCGCCCGUCUCGCCGGCGCCCGUGGCCCAGGCGCCGCCUCCGCAGCCGCAGAUGCUGUUCCCUCAGAGCAACAUGUUUGCUCCUAUGGUGAAUCCUCUGUCCCUGGCGAAUGGGUUGAUGACCGGAGCAUACGGACAGGGAGGAGGCGGUGGUGGUGGUGCGCCCGCUAUGGUUUCGCCGUCGCCGACGGGGAGGCCGGUCAUGUCCAACGGCUACGGCAAGAUGGAAGGCCUCAACUUGUCCUCGCUGUCGCCGCCGCCGAUGCCGUAUGUUUUCAGCGGCGGGCUGAGGGGGAGGAAGCCACCGGCCAUGGAGAAGGUGGUCGAGAGGAGGCAGCGGCGGAUGAUCAAGAACCGGGAGUCUGCGGCGAGGUCGCGCCAGAGGAAACAGAGUUACAUGAUGGAAUUGGAGACUGAGGUGGCAAAACUUAAAGAGCGGAAUGAGGAGUUGCAGAGAAAACAGGCGGAGAUCCUAGAGAGGCAAAAGAAUGAGGUAUUCGAGAAGGUUAGCAGGCAAGCUGGACCUACCUCAAAGAGGAUCUGCCUGCGGAGGACGCUGACGGGUCCUUGGUAAGCCGAAGGCCUGUAAACUAGAGCACACUACUUUCAACGCUGCGAAGUUUAUACAUACAGUAGAUGAAUUUCAGAAUCGCCAGGAGUUGCGCUUGUAGAGCAGCCACUGAUCCGAUGCUUCAGAGUUCAGACUCCUAGGCCGAUAGACUGCCGGCGAUCUUCGCUCGAUAGGUUUUUAGCCGUCCGCGUGCCGUUCCGUGUGAGUAGAGAGCAUUUGUAUGUAAAAAUCUAUUUAACCAUGUGUUGGUGUGAUACUACAUUUUCUAUUUAUUUUUUUCUGUUUCGAGGACUCAUUACACAACCAUGUUAGAAAUGAGUUUGUAUUCUUCAUAAAAACGAUGCCCGGUCGGCUUGUAAAGCGGAACUAUUUGCGCAUCUGUAGAUGAUUUUCCUCCA